AUGCUGUCCACCACCACGGCACCUGUGGGACCGGACGUCAAUUUAUCAUAUCAAUACCUCAUCCCUUGUGGAAUUCUAGCGGUUAUCUCUUUCGGCCUUUGCGCGGCUCGAAUCUUCACACGAUGUCGACCCGUUUUUGACUUGAGACUUAGCGACUAUUUAAUUAUUGGAGCUGAGAUUUGUUCAUUUUUCGGUUAUGUCACCAUCGUCGUCGCUACGGCGUAUGGAUGGGGUCGCCAGAGUUAUUAUGUCCCCGUCGAGAGUGUGGAAAAAUCGCUUCAAGCCGGAUUCGCAGUGCAGAUUCUUUGGACGCAUGGAAUCACACUAGUUCGCUUCUCGAUCGCCUUUUCGCUACUUCCUCUUAGUCAAAAUAGAUUCUGGAAAGCCAUUCUAUAUAUUUUGAUCGGCCUCCAGGUGGUGUUGUAUGUUGGGUGGAUGAACAUUAUGAUAUUUAAAUGUCUACCGGUUAGAGGGAAUUGGCAACGGACGAUACAUAUGAAGUGCUGGCCGAGGAAAUACACAACCAACGCUGCUUGGUGUUCUGCGCCGAUCUUUAUCAUUAUGGAUCUUACAAUGGCUCUUAUGCCCAUUCGCCUCAUCCGAAGUCUCAACAGACCGCGUUCUGAAAAGAUUCUCGUUGGCGCUCUCAUGGCUCUGGGUAUCCUGACAACUGCAACUGUUGGAGCAAAGAUGAGUGCCUUUCCGAGUGUUUACAAAGGAGAUCCACUCCAAGGAACAGUAAUAUCAUCGCUACUAGCCAAGCUCGAAGAGCAGGUGGGGAUUAUAUGUGCUUGUCUACCAACAUUGAAGGGUCCCGCUGAGCGGCUCUUGAUUCGCAUUGGGGUUUCCUUUGGUGGCUUUCAACACACCAUGACUCGACCUAGCUUUGUGUUGUCAACCCGAAAUCAGAAUGUUCCCGCUGUUCACAAAAAUAACCAAGGCGACGUCGGUUUGAUGACCUAUCAAAAUUUCCCAGUACAUGUGCCAGUGAUAGUGAGAGAACAGUCACCGGAAAAGAUUCGAAGAGAACGCUUUAUUCCGUGGAAGAAGUUUAGGCUCAGUAGUUCUCAAUUGGAUUACGACGGUACUCAAGAUAGAGCGGAGGAAAUUUCCAAGAUAGUGGAUAUGUAUGGAAAUGCUACUGUCACUUUCGCAGCAGCACACGGUAGUAGUGUGGAAGCAGGCUGCGUACCACACGAGGAAGAGGAAGAGCUCGACUUUGCUCAAGCCGAGCCCCACCUUGCUGCUGGAACAAUGGGAUUAUCAACUUCGGCAUCAAGGGUCAUUGGUGAUGACUAG